AUGGCGAUAGACUCGCAAGUCCUCUGGUCCGUGGUGUUGAUGGAAGGAACUUGGAUGGUGGAGCUGCAGCAAGCAGGCACGUUUUUGUCAGCCGAACGAACGCCGAGUCCUGAAAAAGUCGAGGCACCUGUCGAUUCCGACGGCACGUGUGAAGAACGUGAUCCGGUUUUGUCGAUUGUGUCGAAGUCGUCUUGUCGCGAUGGUUCUCUCCCCACGGGCACAAUUCUUCUAAACAGCUUCGAGAUGUCAAAGUUUAGGCCAACGGUAUUGCAUGCGGGUAGCAGUCGCAAGGAUAGGGGGCGUGUUGCGCCCGUGGAGAGAUCCUUGACCUGGAUCGCAGUCGAUUCAGAAGCUGCCGAAAGCUUGAUUGGAAAGUGGCUCGCCUGGUCGCGAGGGGAAGCACCAUGCGAUGCAAGAGAGAAAGAGGUCGAAGGGCAAGGAAAUCAUCUAGGAUGUUUUGCCUAG